AUGCCUCCCUCCACCUCGUACCACCCCCCAGCGAAGCCGCCAGACUCGCCGGUAGCCGCCAACCCCGACUCCGAUUCCGAUUCCGAUCUCGACCUCGACCUAGAAGAGCUCGACCCCCAGCCCGUGUCUAGCUCCGGUUCCAGAUUAGGAAUAGGGAAACCAUCGGGCUUGGGCUCGGCACGCGACACGGCCGAUCAGCAACGGGCACCGCCGCGGAUUGCCCUGCGCACACUCCGGAUGGGCGGGUUACGGCGUGGUGCGAACCGGAAUGGGUACGGCGAGCUGGGCCGUAGCCACGGCCACGGCGGGCGGGGGGAAGAUAACGAGGACACCCGGGGGUUACUAAGAGACAGUGCAGACGGGGGAGACCGGCGGUACUCUGAUGCGAGCGCAGCGAACGGGGAUGAUGCGCCGCUGUUAAGCGAGCACGGGACUGGUGGUGGUGGUGGCCGAGGCCCUCGCAGCUCGAGCAAACGCCGCGGGUCGUUUACCACCAGCGACAGGCUACGCCGGGUCGGACUUCGACUACCCAGUUUCAUGUCCGGGGCUGGUAGCAGCACAGCUGGCGAUGCGCACAACAGCGCAGGAGCCGGCGACGAAGACCGGGAACUCGACCAGGAAGACGACGACCCGUCCUCCUCACGCCUCGUAGCCGUCGGUUCGUCCCAAUCAACCCGGUUCCCGCCCAAUAUUAUCUCCAACGCCAAGUACACCGCCUGGAGUUUCCUCCCCGUCACGUUGUAUAACGAGUUCUCCUUCUUCUUCAACAUGUACUUCCUCCUCGUCGCUCUGUCGCAGGCCAUCCCCGCGCUGCGCAUCGGCUACCUCUCGACGUAUGUCGCGCCGCUGGCGUUUGUGCUGGUCAUCACGCUAGGCAAGGAGGCGUAUGAUGAUAUUGAGCGGCGGAGGCGGGAUAAUGAGGCGAAUUCGGAGGCGUACACGGUGCUGCAGUUUGAGGAGCCCGGACGGGCGGCAGCUACAACAACGAGUGGGCGGUCGAUCGGCAAGUUGAAGUCCACGCAGGUUGGGAAGGGGUCGAAGCGGUAUACGGCUGUGAGGGAUAGGUUGUCAGAUAUACAGGAGGAGGAGGAGCAGACGGAAGGGGAUGGGCGGGGGAAGCGUGCGGUGUGGGUGGUGUCAGAGGUUGCGAAGAAGUCGCGUGAUCUCAAGGUCGGGGAUGUGUUGAAGCUCAGUAAAGGGGAUCGUGUGCCGUCGGAUGUGGUUAUUCUCAAGUGUCUGUCGAACGACCCGGCGGCGCAGAAAGCGGAGGCAGAGACCGAGCAGGCCGCUGCGCAAGAGCCGUCGCUGUUGCUGGAUGAUGAUGCGGAGGAUGCGGGCGAGGGAAGUGCGGCUGCUGCUGCUGAGGCUAGCGCAGGGGCUGCGGAAGGGGGGUCGAACGGGGAGACUUUCAUCAGGACGGAUCAACUGGAUGGCGAGACGGAUUGGAAGCUGCGGUUGGCGUCCCCGCUGUCGCAGAAUUUGGCCACCGAGAACCUGGUCAGACUGCGGGUGACGGGCGGGAAGCCGGACAAGAAGGUGAAUGAGUUUAUUGGGUCUCUGGAACUACUGCCGUCGCGGCAGGAUGCUAUGGGGCUGGGUGCCAUUCUUCCCGAGAACGAGGAUGACGAUGCGGCCAACAAUGCGGACGUCAAAGCCCCCCUGUCCAUCGACAACACGGCGUGGGCCAAUACAGUCAUCGCAUCACACGCCACGACCCUAGCCGUGAUCGUGUACACCGGCCCACAGACACGCUCGGCACUCUCAACAUCGCCCUCGCGGUCCAAGACGGGCCUGCUGGAGUACGAGAUCAACUCGCUGACCAAGAUCCUCUGUUUCCUCACACUAGCCCUCUCCAUCAUCCUGGUGGCGCUCGAAGGAUUCAACAGCACCAAGGGCAGCAUCUGGUACGUCAAGAUCAUGCGGUUCCUGGUGCUGUUCUCGACCAUCGUGCCCAUCAGCCUGCGAGUGAACCUGGACAUGGGCAAGAGCGUGUACUCGUGGUUCAUCCAGCGCGACCCGGGCAUGCCGGGGGCCGUGGUGCGCACGAGCACGAUCCCGGAGGACCUGGGCCGCAUCGAGUACCUGCUGAGCGACAAGACGGGGACCCUGACGCAGAACGAGAUGGAGAUGCGCAAGAUCCACGUCGGGACCGUGUCGUAUGCGAAUGAUGCCAUGGACGAGGUCGCUAGCUACGUGCGGCAGGCCAUGACUCCGCCUUCCGGGUCGAUAGCAGACACCCAAACACUCGUGACGCCCGCGACGCUGGCCUCCGCGGCUGCUGCGCAUGGCGGUGCUACGCGCACACGCCGUGAGAUCGGUUCCCGCGUGCGUGAUGUGGUGCUGGCGCUGGCGCUCUGCCAUAAUGUCACGCCGACGACGGAAGAAGACGACGACGGCCGACUGGUUAACUCGUACCAGGCCAGCUCGCCCGACGAGAUUGCCAUUGUGCGCUGGACGGAGUCGGUUGGUUUGCGGCUGGCGUCGCGCGACCGCAAGAGCAUGGUGCUCGAGUCGACGGCGCUGGGCCGGCCGGUCGUGCAGGUGCGCAUUCUCGACAUCUUCCCCUUUACCUCGGAGGGCAAACGCAUGGGCAUCAUUGUACAGUUCCUCGACACCUUGGAGUCCAACGUCUCGGGGUCGAGUAACAACAACGGCGAGAUCUGGUUCUACCAAAAAGGCGCCGACACCGUCAUGAGCGCCAUCGUCGCAGCCAACGACUGGCUCGACGAGGAAACAGCCAACAUGGCGCGCGAAGGUCUCCGCACCCUCGUCGUCGGCCGCAAACGCCUCUCCUCCGCCGAAUACACCACCUUCUCAGCCCAACACCACACAGCCUCCCUCGCCCUCGGCAGCGGCCGCGAUGCCGGCAUGCAAGCCGUAGUCUCCCAGUUCCUCGAGCGCGACCUCGAACUCCUCGGCGUCACGGGUGUCGAAGACAAGCUCCAACGGGACGUCAAACCCUCCCUCGAACUCCUCCGCAACGCGGGCAUCAAAAUCUGGAUGCUCACCGGCGACAAAGUCGAGACCGCCCGGUGCGUGGCCGUCAGCGCGAAACUCGUCGCCCGCGGGCAGUACAUCCACACCGUCGCCCACUUGCGCCGCAAGGAUGCCGCACUGGAACACCUCGACUUGCUCCGCAGCAAACCCGACGCCUGUCUGCUCAUCGACGGCGAGAGCCUCGCGCUGUAUCUGACGCACUACCGCACUGAGUUUGUCGCUGCCGCGGUCAAACUGCCGACUGUUGUUGCCUGCCGUUGCUCGCCAACGCAAAAGGCUGAGGUCGCCCGGCUGAUCAAGACGUACACGGGGAAGCGGGUGUGCUGUAUUGGGGAUGGCGGGAAUGAUGUGUCGAUGAUCCAGGCGGCGGAUGUGGGCGUGGGGAUCGUGGGGAAAGAGGGGAGACAGGCGAGUUUGGCUGCGGAUUUUUCGAUUGAGCAGUUUUUUCAUUUGACCAAGCUGUUGGUGUGGCAUGGGCGGAAUAGUUACAAGCGCAGUGCGAAGCUGGCGCAGUUUGUGAUUCACCGUGGGUUGAUUAUUGCGGUGUGUCAGACUAUGUAUAGCAUUGCGCUGAACUUUGAGCCCGAGGGGUUGUACAAGGACUGGCUCAUGGUCGGCUACGCAACCGUCUACACGGCCAUGCCCGUCCUCUCCCUGGUCCUCGACAAAGACGUCGACGAGAACCUCGCCAACCUGUACCCCGAGCUCUACAAAGAACUCACCUCAGGCCGCUCGCUCUCCUACCGCACCUUCUUCGUCUGGGUCUUCGUCUCCAUCUACCAGGGCUGUCUGAUCCAGGGCCUGUCGCAGCUGCUGACCGAGGUGGAUGGCCCGCGCAUGGUGGCGGUGAGCUAUACGGUGCUGGUGUUGAAUGAGCUGUUGAUGGUGGCGAUUGAGAUUACCACGUGGCAUUGGGUUAUGGUGGUGUCGAUUUUGGGGACGUUUGUGUUGUAUGUGGGGACGGUGCCGUUUUUGGGGGGGUAUUUUGAUUUGGAGUUUGUUAUGACUUUGGGCUUCUACUGGCGCGUGGCUGCUAUCGGGGCCAUGUCGUUGAUCCCAACGUACGCGGCCAAGGUUAUCCAGCGGAGGUUGAAACCGCCGUCGUACCGGAAGGUUCAGGGGUAG